AUGACAGAUAACAUGGAAAACACAAACAAUGCGGAAUGUAAGGCAUUAUCCAUUGAACCACGGGUCCUGAAUGAAACAAUUUUUAAAACAGAUAUAACAUCUAUAAAAUCAUAUGAUCUAGAGGAUCAACAAAAAGAAGAGGAUCUGCUAUAUACAGGUUCUUUAUAUGCAAAUAACAGAAAUAACAAAAUAUUAAAUGACAUAGCAAUACCAAUGACAAAAGAUAUAGUUAUAAGCAGCGUAAACAACAUUUUAAUCGAUUUGAAUAACGACGUCAAAGAGAAUUUAACAACUCUUCCACGGCCAGAAGCACAGAUAAUCCAUAGAGAAGGUGUUGGAAUCAAUAACAUAACAGAAGUUACAAACGAAAUAUUUCCUAAAUCAGAUACAAUAUAUUUAAAAUCAGAUGAUAUGGAUGAUCAACGAAAAGAAGUAGAGUUGGAAUCUGUCAAUUUUAAAUUAAUUUCAAACCCAACAAAACUAUUAUAUGCAAAUAAUAAAGAGGAAAAAAUACUUAUUGAUGUGAAACCAACAAAGGAUUUGGUUAUGAGCGCAAUCGACCGUCUUUUAAUCGAUUUGAAUAAUGACGUCAAAGUGGAAUUAACGACUUUCCCGCGGCCUGCGGCACACAAGACCCAUAGAGAUGGCGUUCGAAUGAAUACUACAGCUUUAAGAAGAGAAAUGUAUAUUAAAAACAGACUACAAAAAAAGUAG